UGAAUUUUAGUCUCCAGUAAGCAACAAUGAUGUGUAACAUGAAGUUCUUCAUCAGUGUAUUACUAUUGAAAUUGAUAAACACUGCCUUGUCGCAACCUCAAACCAAUCUGUUACAGGUGGGCUGCAGCGUGUACAAUGCUUCAAAUUUGUGGAAUUUCUAUAGUAAUUUUAACAGCACCAUGACAGACCUCAGGACACAGCUUCUGGAUGAGAACAAACGUUUUGCGACGGUUCAGUGGCCUAGAAGCUCGGACCCUGUUUACGGCAUGUGUCAGUGCAGGAAAUACUUAUCCAGCAGAGCAUGUGUGGCCUGCUUUGAUGCAGCCGUGUCAGAAAUUCGCAACUGCUCUGCUUCUAGCGGGGCUCGUGUCAUAUAUGAUGGCUGCUUCCUCAGGUAUGAGAGCAACAGCAUCGAUGAAGAGACAACUCUCCCUGGCAAUAGGAGGAUUUGUGGAAACCGUACUGUAUCCUGGACCACAGCUUUCAAAACAGCCGUAGAUGGACUACUUGGAGACCUUCGAAUUGCAACACCGAAGAUCAAAGGUUUUUUUGCCGCAUCUACCAGACAAAUAGAUGGUGGUGUUGGUGCAGUUUAUGCAGUGGCACAAUGCAUCGAGACAUUAAACAAAACCGGUUGCCUACAUUGUUUAACUAUGGCUUAUAGUAGGUUAAGAACUUGUCCACCUCAGGCUGAUGGGAGGGCCAUAGAUGCAGGGUGUUUCUUCAGGUACUCAGACACCGCAUUUUUUGCUGAAAAUCAGACUACUGAUAUCACACCUUUCCUGAGAAGUGGGAGUUCAAGCAACAAGAAAGCAAUUUUAAUUGGCAGCAUUGUGGGGAUAGCAGGGCUUAUAUUGAUUAUGAUAUUAUGGUACAAAGUUUUAGGGAAACGAAUCGCAGCACCAAGAGGUGACAUACUGGGAGCAACUGAAUUGCAAAGCCCUCUAAAAUACAGUUAUAAUGACUUGAAAUUAGCUACAAAAAAUUUCAGCAUAGUAAACAAACUUGGAAAAGGUGGUUAUGGAGAUGUAUAUAAGGGAACUUUAAAGAAUGGGGAUAUUGUUGCAGUGAAAAGAAUAGCAUUAGACACCAGGGUAGCAGAGACAAUAUUUGAUAGUGAAGUUAGACUCAUUAGUAAUGUUCAUCAUCGUAAUCUCAUCCGUCUCCUUGGAUGUUGCAUUAAAGGACAGGAACUACUUCUUGUCAUUGAGUACAUGGCCAACUCCAGCCUUGAAAGAUUCCUAUAUGGUGAACGGCGAGGAACUCUUAACUGGAAACAAAGGUUUGACAUAAUUUUUGGCACAGCCAAGGGUCUUGCCUAUUUACAUGAACAAUAUCAUGUGAGGAUCAUACAUCGAGAUAUAAAAUCAAGCAACAUAUUGCUUGAUGAAGAGUUUCAGCCAAAAAUUGCUGAUUUUGGAUUUGCCAGACUUCUCCCUGAGAGUCAAAGUCAUGUUAACACCAAAUUUGCUGGGACAUUAGGGUAUACGGCACCAGAGUAUGCAAUACAUGGGCAAUUGUCUGAGAAAGUAGAUACAUAUAGCUUUGGGAUCGUAGUCCUUGAAAUUAUUAGUGGCAGAAGGUGUAAUGAUGUUCAAUCUACCAAUGAGUACCUACUCGAAGAUGCAUGGAGAAUGUACGAGAACAACAUGUACUCGGAGUUAAUAGACAAGACACUAGACCCUGAUGAAUACAGGGUAGAAGAUGUGAAGAAAUGCAUGGAGAUAGGUUUAUUGUGCACUCAAUCUCCAGUGUCUUCAAGACCACCAAUGUCUCAAGUUGUUGCCAUGCUCUUAAUUGGUAAUACAUCUGAAGAACCUAAAUUACCAACCAGAAGUAUGCCUGCAGAAUCACAUAACAAGAUUAAGGAUAGCACAUCUAUGUCUAAUGGGUUCUCUAUUGCAACUGUUACUAGUACUUCAUUUACAGGUCGUUAGCUAACUUCAGUGUUGUAGUGUUAUCAUUUUUCAGUAUAAUUUUCUACUACACGGAAAAAUAUACAUAACUACACUUGGGGAAGCUAUAAUUACAUAUUCGGAUUUUAAAGUCUACAAUUAUUUA